AUGGUUCUACCUGUCUAUUUGUCCGUCUUCUUCUUCUUGUUCGCUGACCAUUCUGCUUCAGCGGAUGAGUGCCCGAGUUUCUUUGACUGUGGGAAUCUGGUCAAGCUCCGAUUCCCUUUGACCACUCCAGAACGCAAAGACUGUGGGAUGUUGCCGAUUCAUGGCUGUGAAGACCCCAACGCUGAGAAAACCGUGCAAUUGGGGGCAAAAAUGUUUCUGGUGACGAGAGUAGGCAUUUCCAAUACUGAAGUUUUCAUUAGAGACGCAGAUUUACAGAAGCGUUGGGUAAAUGAUGGUUGUGAUGCCUUGUGCUGCAAUAUUACCCUUCCUCCAAGCUCGCCCUUGGGUUCCUUUAAUAUGUCGCCAAGUAUGGUCAUGUACAAAUGUAAUAGUUCGCUCAAUUACAGCCUUCCAAAGCAAUUCUUGAACUAUACAGGAUGUGGUCAGAGUAAGAAUGAGACCAUCUUCUUCAGCACGCAAGAUGAAGAUGAUACUCCAUCUUCUUUGGCAGCAUGUCCGAGGGUUGAAGUUCCAGUGAAUACGAUGGCUUUCUCUGCUGAUCCAUUUACAUUCAUCGCCUCUGAAUUCCCCGUUACAAUUCAGCUUUCUAAUGACUGUGCUUCAUGUGUUUCUGACAAAGGGAUAUGCAGGCUCAACAGCACUGGAGGAUUUUAUUGUUCCAAAUUCAAAGAACAUCGAAAUACAAGACGGGCUUGGAAGUUGGGAUUGCUAAUAGGUGUACCAAGUGCAACUGUUGUGAUUAUAAUUGGUUUGGUUGUUAUUGUAUUGCGGAACAAACGAAGACACAAGUCUUUGGGCCCACAAAAUCAGUCAAGAACCAUUGAAUCUGAUAAUACUCACUCAAAUGUAAUCCUAGAAGGUAGACACAUCUACUUUAAGUUCCCUGUCUUCUCCUAUGAGGAACUCGAAGAAGCAACAAACAAAUUUGAUCAAUCAAGAGAACUUGGCAGUGGAGGUUUUGGAACUGUUUACUAUGGAAAACUUAAAGAUGGACGAGAAGUUGCUGUUAAGCGGCUGUUUGAGCGCAACUCAUGUGUACAGCAAUUCAUGAAUGAAGUUAAGAUUCUAACACGCUUGCGGCACAAAAACCUUGUGUCACUUUAUGGCGGCACUUCCCGUACCAGUCGUGAACUGCUCCUAGUCUACGAAUAUAUUCCAAAUGGAACUCUUGGUUGUCAUCUUCAUGGAAAUCUGGCAAAACCUGGUUCACUAUCGUGGCCCUUGAGGAUGAGGAUUGCCAUAGAGACAGCAAAUGCAUUGUCCUAUCUCCAUGCUUCUGGCAUCGUUCACCGCGAUGUCAAAUCCAGCAACCUUCUUCUAGAUCACCAUUUUUGUGUCAAGGUUGCUGACUUUGGUAUUUCCAGAUUGUUUCCCAUGUUUGUGUCUCAUGUCUCCACGGCUCCAGCAGGAAGCCCAGGUUAUUUGGACCCCGAAUAUUACCAAUUCUGUGAGCUUACUGAAAAGAGUGAUGUUUAUAGUUUCGGAGUCGUGCUGAUUGAGCUCAUAUCUUCUAAGCCAGCUAUCAUUGUUACAAGGACCAAGGAUAAGAUUAGUUUGGCAAAUAUGGCAGUUAAGAAGAUUCAAAGAAGAGCAUUUACUGAGUUUGUAGAUCCUUCCCUUUGUUUUGAGUCUGAUGACAAGGUUAAGGAGAUGAUAAUCUCAGUGGCAAACUUAGCUUUUCAAUGCCUACAAAGGGCUAGAGAGCUAAGACCUUCCAUGGAUAAAGUAGUGGAGUUUCUCCAUAAAAUUGAAAAUGGUAAGGAUGAUUAUCUAAAGCACCUAGAGUUUCAUGGUGCUCGGUUUUCGAACUGGGAGAUACAUACAUCUCUCCCAACCUCACUGCUUUUGGAUGGAGCUAGAUCAAUGAACGACUCAAUGCCACAACUCCCUCCCCGUACAGUAUGA